GUUUAAUUAAUAAUACAUACGACAAUGGGGACGCGUCAACGUACUGUAAAACAGGAUCGACCCAGAAAACUCAAAUUCCCAGAAUGCAAUAUUCUUCUGACGAGCUACUGACUAAGGAAGUGGCCUUUUACUGAUUUCUUUUUUAAUUAUGAUGAUUGUAUCGCGUUAGACCGGUAAAUUGUCUCUCUUUUAUAUUGUUUUGAUCGCGCAUAUUUAACUGCAUCGUUUCGUUGAUCUCUAUUGAACUGUAUCGAUUAUUAUCUGUCGCAGUCACGAUGACAGUCACUGUGAUCAUCUGUAACUAAUGAAUGAACCGAAAACAUCUGACCUAUUACACCAGAAGCUGGCAUAUUUAACAACAGCCACUGUUAGUGUAUAGAUAUUGGACGUGCUUGAACAAAGAUCCCGGAAGAAUCGAAUGCAGAUUGUUUAAUUUGACGCUAUUUAGCAGCUCGCGACACAACGCUUUGAAUACAUGUGCUGUUAAGAGGACAAGCGAUAAAGUGAUAUAAAAUAAACUAUAUAAGCACUCUUCAUCGUCAUGGACUACAUACACACGGCCAGAUCAGUGGAAGACCGUCUCUUGAGCUACAGAAAAGACGAAUCCGGAUGGAAAACAUGCAAGAAAACUAAUGAUGUUGUGGUGUGUUGGAGACCCUCUUGUGAAUUCCCGGGAUAUGUGUAUAAGGGGGAGGGGAUUGUCAAUGGCAGUCCAGAGAAAGUGUGGGACUGUUUGAAACCUGAAAUCAAUGGACUACGUGUAAAGUGGGAUGCUAAUAUAAAAAAGUUUGAGCUGCUUGAGCAGGUGUCUUCGGAUGUUUCGAUCUGUCGAACGGUCACGCCUUCGGCUGCUAUGGGUAUUAUAUCACCUCGAGAUUUUGUUGAUGUCAUUUCCGUUAAACGCUAUGAGGAUGGCACAGUUUCAUCAAAUGCUACCAAUGUAAGCCAUCCAAACUGUCCUCCUCAACCCGGCUACGUCAGAGGCUUCAACCAUCCGUGUGGCUGUUCUUGUGUUCCUGUUCCUGGGGAACCAGGCAAAACGCAGCUGUUCAGCUUUUUCCAGACUGAUCUUGGAGGUUUGCUUCCUCGUUCGGUUGUCGAUUCAUUUUUCCCCACUAGUAUGGUGGAGUUUUACAGCAACCUGACCAAAGCCGUAAAAUCGCUGAAAUAGCACCAAUGGCACUUUAUAGAUACCCCCCCCCCCCUUAAUCUUAAAUGUUAAAAUUUUAAUAAUUUUACGCACUUAAUUGCAUUUAAUCAAACUUUAGUGGAAAGUGAGUUUACUGUACUUUUAGAUUUAUUCCUGAUUCUUCCAAUAGCUACACGUGUCCAAACACACUUGCACAUACAGUAGGCUUUUUUAUACAGAGUUAAGAGUACUGGAACAUUUUGUUUCAAACAAAACUUGAAACAAUGAACUAUUGCACAAAAAAUACAUUUAUGCAUUUGGCAGGUGCUCUUACAGGGUUUCUGCAGGUCUUAAUUCACUUGAACACAAAUUAAGGUCUUUAAGAGGUCCUAAAUAGGUGCAGAAAGUUUAUAAAUUCAUGAAGUUAUGGCAUUCAAUUUAACAUGCCCUGCAGAAAAAUGAAUAUUUUCCUCAUUAUUUUUGUCUUGAUAUUUUGGCGGAUCAAAUAUCUCAACAUCAUUAAUCAAGAUACAUUUACUUGAGAUGCAAAAUUAAUAUAUAUGAAGUCUGAAACUGAACUAAACAGCACAAAAUUAAGUGAGCUUAUGCUUAAAACAAGAACAAAUAUUUGUCAUAAACUCCUUUUGCUUCUUGAUUUAAAUAUUUUUUAGAAGCAAGACAAAACAACCUCCUUUUUGCAGUGUGAUCAGAAGCUACAAUGAAAGUUAUUUUUCAGAGGUAUUUAAGCCAUAUGCUAUUUUUUUUUGUAAAAACGUAUUAAAAAAUAAAAGAGUUUUGUUGGAAGUUUCAAACUGUUGCUAAUACAACCCAUUGUCUGCUCUCUAGACAUACACAUUUAGAGAACAUAUUGAUGUUUUGUGUUCCCGCCUUCUUUACAUUGUCUUAAAACGUCUUAAUUAAAACCUGCAGAAUCCCUGUUUUAUCCAAAGUGACUGAAAGUGCAUUCAAAUGACAUUUAAUCAGUAGGUUUGUUAUAUGGGAAUUGAACACGAUGUUGGUGUUGCUCAUUCAUUCAGGGUUUUUUUUUUGUUACCAUAAUUCAGCAGUGUGAUGCCAUAAUAUAGCAUGAUAAUAGAUUUGGAUUAUUUUCAUUCAUAUAGGGCAUUAUUAACUUUUUUGGACUUUACAGCUCUAUUUUAAAAGGUAGUGAGCUGCUUUGCCGUCUGCUUGUUUGGAGCUCCCUACAUACAGUAGGCAGCACAAAUAAUGCUCCCCACAUGAAGCGUAUGAGGGACUCAGCUCAGCUUUAGAAUGAGGUAUCUUAGAAGGCAACAUAGGGUUACUGCGUCUGUGUCGGGGGUGCAUGUUUGAUGUCUGGCCUAAAUAGGCAGUUCACUAAUUUUUGAAACAGUUUAUUUUAAUAAGCUGUUUUCAGAAUUUCAGUUACAUAUUUGAGGACAGUUAUCUUGUAGAUUGGAGAUUAAAUUUUUAUUUGCGUAAUAGAGCUCUUGAUAGAUAUUUGAAGUAUUUCUAUAUUUGAAUAGUGAUAUUUUAGCGCAUAAAUGGCUUUGGCAAAUCAAUGUUUACUGACAGACACAUAUCUUCAGACAAAUUUGAAGAAUUGCAUUUGCUGCUGUUCUCGGUUAACACAACUGAGUUGAUGUACUGUAUUUUUGAGAGUGACAAAAAAAAGGCCAGAACAAUCAUGAUGAUUAUGAUGAGGGAUAUUAGACAUAAUGAUAAGAGAACAGCCCACAGGCUCAAGGUUUAGCUGGUAAGCAUGACCCCUGUGGCCCCUUCUGGUGAUUAUAUAACCAGUAUAAAGAUUCUUUCUCCACUGAUUUCCAAUAAAAAGUAUCCUUGUGUUUGUGUAUACAAGUAUCCACAUCCACUGGGUCCUGUGCCAUUCAGACCAGCAACUGCCAUCAAGAUGAAUGAGAAUUCUAAUAGAACAGGGAGUUGAGUGGAAUCCUGUGUGGAAUCAGAGUAAUUAAGAAUGACCGAAAUUCCAUUUUUUUUUUAGAUCCUGAGUUUGAGUUAGAGAACUGGAUGCAGAGUUUGAAUUAGAAUUUACUGUAAUUUAUGUAAGUUUAAUUCAACAAGUGACUGAAUGAAAUUUAAAGAAAUCAUCUGAAAUAUUUCAAAUUAAUAUUAAAUAUAGUAUAGUAUAGUAUAUACUUAAUAAAUUAACUCAAUGAGUUAAUCAUUUGAUGAACAAUGGAAGAUAGUUAAGAGGGAUAGUUGGGUGUGAGUUCUCCCUUUAAUUUCCCAAAAUGCUCUAAUUGUCCCCUAAGUCUAAAUGAUUGUGUUUGACUAAUGAGUUCCUCUGUUUGUUUUAUUGUUGAACGUAUUUGAAUUUCAAUUGAGUCAAAUCUCAUUUCACUAUUUCUAUUUCUUCUAUUCCAAUUUUGCAUCCUGUGGGGCGUGGCCAAUUCAAUUAAAAUUUCCAUGCAUGGACUAAAAGGGAGUGCAUUUUUAAAUUGACAGUUUUGCCCAACCCUUUUAAAACAUUCCAAAAAUAUGGAAAUAUAUUUCUUCUUUUUUUUUCAGACAUAUUAGAAAUGAAUCCCAUUUUGGCCUUCUGUCUCUGCUUGUAAUCCGUCUUAAUCACACAUGGACAAAGGGACUGUUUAAUAUAUCACUGAUAUGACUGACCUCAGAGAGGACCCAGUGUGUUGCGUGAUGUUUUGAUCUCUUUAAUUAACGUUUGUCCGUUUGUGUCUAGCUGCACGAUUGUCCUCCUGACAUGUGUCUCAACCAGUAGGUACUUAGUGUUUUUAUGCCUGUAUGUCGUCAGUGAAAUUACUGUGAACGCAUGCUCAUGGCCUGGAUAUGUGUGGUUUUUUAUUAUUAUUCUUUUCUACUGUAAAUGAGCAGUAUGCUCUAGUGAAUUUCAGGAUUAUUUUGGGAGUCUAGAUUUUACAUCCGUUUUUGCAAGGAGUGUGUGCUUGAAUUCAGUAGUAUUGUGCAAAGUUCUCUGUAUAUUUUAAUAAUACACACAGAUUUACAUUCCGAAAGCAGUUUUUCAGUUCUGUCAAGUGAGAGUUUUUGAUUAUUCCAGAUUUUUAAUUUUCUUGAAGUCAACAUGAAAUGUCAUUCGCAAGUCAAUUUAUUUCAGUAAACUGAUGUAUUUAGAAUAAAUACUUGAUUUUAUCCUCCUGGAAUUGAUUGGAUCAUGAAAAGUGGGCAGUGCAAACCAGAAUGGAGGCAGAUGAUUGGAUGGGACAAGUCGAACAGUAUGAGGGAUUCUUCAUUUCUUAUUUCAUGUUGAAUUCAAAUGUGUUUUUAGUCUGUUUUUGCUCAAUGCAGUUUAUUAUAUGUCCACCUGCCGUUGACUGUGGGACAUCUGUGUACUGUUUGUUAAUACUUAAAAGAAGCAAAAACAAAGGAAAUUGCACUUUGUAAAACCCAUUGUAUGAUUCUCCUUUAAGAUUCAGUUUUCAGAUAUUAAAAAUGAUUGAUGACCAUA